AUGGCAAACUGCUUUGAACCAUCCGAGUUGUUAUUUCAAAGCUGCCCCUGGCGUAGUCAGACUGCACGCCCACCGCUGGUGCCCGGGUUUGCUCCAAGGCGUUUCCUAGUGGAAUUUGUUGUGGACAAAGCCGCAUCAAAAUUGGAGGAGGGCCGGCGCAGCAGCUCCCUGGUGGCGCGCACGUUGAUGGCGGCGGCCGUGCGCAGCGGCGCGUCGAAGCGCACCGUAGCGGCGCUGUGGAGAAUCACGUUGACGCUCCGCACCAGCUUCGCGCGGUCCUCCGGCUUCAGCCCCAGGUCGGGCUCGCUCAGAUCGCCGGACACCAGCACCAACUUGUCCCGGCGGCAGCGCACACGAUCGAACAGCUGCGUCAGAACCGAACUGUUGACAUUGAUGCUCAAAACAUUGGGAGGCGAGAUAGUGGAACGAGAUAGUGAAACAAACCAGUUCUCGUCGCGACACUGACCUGCUCGGACGCCUCCUAUCGAAGCAACGGUCUCGGCGCGUUGUUCCGUGUAACCUUGGUGUAGUAAAGUUGUUAAAGAGUUAAACGGGAUGUAUGUGUGCCCUUCUCUGUGUUUGUGCGUGUUUUUUAAUAUGCGUGUUUAAACUUCUAUACUGAUGUUCAUCGUAGAAGAACAAAGAUGUAUUCUACACCUACCGGUUCUACAAGUCCUACCAGUUCUACAAGUCUGCCACCAGCCAGAAUGAGCUAAGCACAAGCAUCUUAAGGUACAAUGUUCCCUAAAAAGGAUAUUGCAUUAGUUAUAUAUUCAGAAA